UAUAGAAGUAUACAUAGUCUAACGCUCAAAGCCAAAGUCAAAACAAUAAAACUUUGAAAUUCAGUAAUGGUGAAUUUCAACUCAGCCGUUAACAUACUUGAGGUGGUCCAAGUUAGCCCGCCGUCUUCUAACUCGCUCACACUCCCACUCACUUACUUUGACUUGGGUUGGCUCAAACUUCACCCCGUUGACCGAGUUCUUUUCUACCACGUCCCCGAGCUGACUCGCUCUUCUCUCAUCUCUAAACUUAAGUCCUCUCUCUCAGCCACGCUCCUCCACUAUCUCCCACUCGCCGGCCGCCUCGUGUGGGAUUCAAUCAAAACCAAACCAUCCAUUGUCUAUUCUCCUGACGACAAAGAUGCCGUGUAUCUCACGGUAGCUGAGUCUAACGGUGACCUUUCCCAUCUUUCCGGAGAUGAACCUCGUCCCGCCACGGAGUUUCAUUCUUUAGUCCCUGAGUUACCGGUUUCCGACGAAUCAGCUCGCGUUCUCGCCGUUCAGGUAACGUUUUUCCCAAACCAAGGAUUUUCUCUCGGCGUAACCGCACAUCAUGCCGUUUUAGAUGGUAAAACAACAGCCAUGUUUCUCAAAGCAUGGGCUCACAACUGUAAACAAGAACAAGAAGCUCUGCCACACGAUCUAGUACCGUCUUUAGAUCGUAUCAUUGUUCAAGACCCAACGGGACUCGAGACAAAACUCUUGAACCGGUGGAUAUCAGCUUCCAACAACAAACCAAGCUUAAAACUGUUUCCUUCCAAAAUAAUUGGAUCCGAUAUUCUCCGAGUCACGUACCGGUUAACUCGAGAAGACAUCAAGAAGCUACGUGAACGAGUGGAGACCGAGUCACACGCUAAGCAGCUCCGUUUGUCGACUUUUGUCAUUACUUACGCUUACGUUAUAACAUGCAUGGUGAAGAUGCGUGGAGGUGACCCGACCCGGUUUGUGUGCGUUGGUUUUGCAUCAGACUUUCGGUCACGGUUAAACCCUCCGUUACCGCCGACGUUCUUCGGGAACUGCAUUGUCGGGUCGGGAGAUUUCGACGUGAAAGCAGAACCAAUAUUGGAAGAAGGAGAAGGAAAAGGUUUCAUCACGGCGGUGGAGACUUUGACCGGAUGGGUCAACGGAUUGUGUCCGGAGAAUAUAGAGAAGAAUAUGCUUUUACCGUUUGAAGCGUUUAAGAGGAUGGAACCGGGAAGGCAAAUGAUAUCGGUUGCUGGGUCGACCCGGUUAGGGAUUUACGGGUCUGAUUUUGGGUGGGGAAAACCGGUCAAGGUAGAGAUUGUGACGAUUGAUAAGGAUGCUUCGGUUUCAUUGUCGGAGAGUGGAGAUGGAAGUGGUGGUGUUGAGGUUGGUGUUUGUUUGAAGAAAGAUGAUGUGGAACGUUUUGGUUCAUUAUUCUCCAUCGGGUUGGAAUAAAAAUGAGAACGUUUUGGUUCUAGUUUUAUGUGUUGUUUUUAAUUCCACAUCAUCUUUAAUUCAUUACUAUUAGCAAGAAUGGUGAGCUGAAGCGUGAGGACAUGAAGAAGAGAGAUAGAAUCGGAGAGUGACAUGGCAAUCUCUCAUGGAGGAUGUAGUUGACGACUAAUAAACUGGAGAAGACAAAAACCGAAAUCAUGAUUGAUCGUUUAUUUUAUCUAUAUUUGGGACAAAAGAAAAGAAUAAUAUGUAUGAAAAACAUAUUUUUUUGUAUGGAGAUACUAAAUUUUUAAAUUAAAAAUAAUUUUUAGUUUUCUAAAAAAAA